AUGAUCCGCUUCCUCACUCCCGCCGUCACCGCGUCGGCGGCCGCCCUCUGGCGCCAGGUCGAGCUGCCCGCGACGCAGCACGCCGCCUCGCUGGAAAAGAUGGCGGAGCGCGCCGCAGCAAGCCUCCGUGCCAGCCCCGGAGAGCGUGUCUCCUGCUUUGAGAGCACGACGGGCGGGCUGAUCCAAGCGUCGCUCCUCGCGUCGCCCGGCGCCUCCGCCUUCACCACCUGCGGCGCCGUCACCUACACCGCGUCCCGCGCCGUCGGCGUCCUUGGUCCCAACGCGAGGCCACUUGGCGAGCCGCUCGACAGGCACGGCCACCGGUGCCGGCCUCAGAACGCGGCCGAGUACGUGGCGAGCAAGCAGGAGAGGGUGGUCGCGCUGGCGCGGCGGAAGCGGCUCGAGACGGGAUCGACGUGGUGCGUGUGCGAGAAUGGCGCCUGCGGGCCAACCUUCAACUAUGCCGACCUCGAGGCGGGCUUCAGUGCCAUUUGGGUCUCCGGCCCG